AUGCGCGUUGCCGGAGGGCGCGGAGAAAGCCGGCCAGCCGCCUCGGCUCGGCACCUACUCCACUCUCGGCGGUGCGCUUUCCUCGCGGCUCUGCCCCGGGGGCCGCAGCCGAUCCCCCCGUCCCAGGCGCCGCCCGUCUCCAGGGACCUGCCGGCUGCCACACCUGCCGCCCAGCAAGCGCGGCGUGCUGCCUGCGGCUGCGGUUUCUACACUCAGUCUGAAUGCCGGGUGAUCAAAAAAUUUGGUCCGCGGCGGGUUCCAGCCACGCCUUCCGACUUCGCUGCCGCCCCCAGGGCAGCAGCAGCAGCCGUCGCCGCUACCACGCCGACAGCCCGUCCCGUUGAUGCCUCCCGCGCAGCUUCAUCCGAGGGGGCGCCCCAGGUGGUCGCUCCGGCACCUGCGGUCCCUCUUCAGUCGCCACCGCCUUCGGAGCUGAUGGACGUCGACCCCUCAGCCGGGCCGCCUUCCCAAGCGGUGGCUGUGCAGCCUGUCCUGCAGCCGCUUUCCUUGGGCACCCCCAAGGAGUCUGACACCGCAGCGCCUUGUCCGGCGCCCACUCGGCAGCCGUCGACGCAGCGUCAGGAGACGCUGCCUCUCUUCGUGGGUCCCGACGCCCCGUCGCGUCCAGUACCAGACGCUGCGCCCGUGGUCACAGGCGUGCACCCUGACCUCGGUUUUCAAAAUCCAAAUGCAAAGACAGCACAAGGAGUAGAGCGUCUCUAG